CAUAUGGUCUUCAGGAGCCUCGGAAAUCCGUUCACAAAUGCUGAUAGCCGUUAUGUGUUGAUUAGGUAAUAUACACUUCGCAUAACUAGCAUCGUUUUUGUGAAAACAUAACGAAUAUUUCUUUUCCAUAUAGGUGAUAUAAGAUAUCCUGGUAUGUAAGCGGGAUCGGGACCAAGGACUUAUGUGAGCAUUGACUUGAAGCCGAGGAGAUACAAAUCUCUUUCGGUCAAGUUAAUUCCCUUCCCCGCCGCUAUUAGCUCACCGGUUUAUUCAUAAUGUACGAUUAUUUCCGAAGUUAUGGUUUGCUAUGCAUCUUCUCAACAUAAAAUAAGCCGAAAAGAGCCAUUAUGUACCUAAAGUGAGAUGACAUCACCUCCGAUGGCGGGCGAUAGCAGGGAAUACGCCCUUCUUUUGACUCAAACACCGAACAAAGCUAUAAAGUGUGAUUAGAAAAGAUUCUCUACCCUGGAGCCUUCAAUGUGAUAUAUUUUCUUGUUAUUCCUCAAGAUCGCAUAUGUUGAAGACCUCGUGAUCGAUAUUAGCAACACAUCUCUGUACCAGGUGCUUACAGGUUACCUCGACUUCUCACCAUGGCAUCCGAUGAGCAGUCCAGCGACUCAGCAGCCGUAGGAGAUGACCAACUAGUUCGUUUAGCGAGCCGUAGGUCACAGCCGCCAAUCGAAGUGGCUCAUGUCGCUUCGCAUCAAACUUAUGAUGCGGCAACAUCUAAUCGGAAAUCGAUAAUCAUCGUCGCGUCGUCAUUUACCAUCAUUUUCACUUGCUGCGGCCUCAACUUCGCUUUUGGCGUAUUUCAGGAGCUUUACGAUGCCAUGUCGCUGCAGCCCGGAACCCCUUUUACGGGUGCUACACCCGCACUCAUCGACCUCAUAGGCACGAUCUCCAUCUCGCUGAUGACAAUCGGUGCACCCUUCGUCGUAGCUUGGGCUAAGCACUUCUCACCGCGCUGGGUGUCCUUCAUCGGUGGUUGCAUUUUUGCGUUGUCCUUGAUUUUGGCUAGCUUCGGAACCGCGCUCUGGCACUUCGAGCUCACCCAGGGCCUUCUUCUUGGGCUGGGAACUUCCAUGCCGUAUAUGGUCGCCGUAACAGUUGCUCCGGGGUGGUUUACGACGCAUCGGGGCCUGGCUAUGGGUAUCAUCCUAGCCGGGACAGGCGUUGGUGGUGUAGUUUGGGCGCCGGUAAUUAAGGCUAUGAUCGAUAGCCUCGGCUUCCGGAAUGCUCUUCGCGUAUCCGGUGCCAUUUCGUUCGUCCUCGUAUCCGCAUCCAGCGCAACCAUGGCCUGGGAGCCGCAGACACUCGCCCGUAUCAACGCUGAGAACGCUUCUCGAGCCGGCCAUCUUCGUGGCAUUCUACAGGUACCCCUGAUCGACUGGCACGUGGCCAAGACACGCAAAUUCGCCGCUCAGGGGCUCGGUGCCAUUUUCCAAGCUGCCGCUUACUACACGCCCGUCUUCUUCUUCGCUUCCUAUGCAGGCACCCUUGGAUAUAGCGCUACAGCCGGGGCGAACUUCAUCGCGCUAAGUAACGCGUGCAAUGCCAUCGGCAAGAUCGUCAUCGGUUAUUUUGCCGACCGCCUCGGGCGUCUCAACACGCUUUUCCUGACCACUUUCAUCAGCGCCGCUAUUACUAUCGGCUUUUGGGUCCCCUCCACGGUGUACGGGUCCACAGAUGACUCGCGCGGCCUAUUUAUUAGCUUUGCCAUCUUUUACGGCCUGUUCGCCAGUGCAUAUGUCUCGUUGUUCCCAGCCAGUCUCAUCGAGAUUUUUGGCAUGCAGAAUUUUGCGUCUGUCAAUGGCGUGCUUUAUAUGGUUCGCGGCAUGGCAACUCUGGUCGGCACGCCGGUCGCUGGCGCCUUGAUUCAUAGCGGUAGCUCGGCUGUUCUACCGCACGGUUAUGUGAACAUGGCAAUACUCGUGAGCGUGCUGCUUUUUGCUGCUAGUGUUGCUGUGUUUUGGAUUAGGAUUGAGGCAAUGGUUGGACCUAGUGGGAAAAUGAGUUUGAAAUGGAGGAUGUGAUCCAUAGCUACACAUCUUUAGAUAGGGAUUUACUACUAUAAUGUGUCGAGGUCUAACAC